AAAGCGGGAUGUGAGGGAGGGAGCAUGCGAGGAGCGCGAGAGAAGAACGCUGCCAUGCAAAGCGUCGCUUGACAGCGUCUUUUUCACUUCCACCUGCGUUCGUCGCAUAAGGAUUGUGGAUUUAAUCUGAAAUAGCGUCCUACUUUGAUCCCGAGCGCGAUGCAUUUUUGCUUUAACAGAUAGACGGAGUCCCGCGAAGGAUGCUGCCCACGGAGGAUCGUUGUUUGACAUGCACUGACAUUUAAAAUGAGCCUUCUGAACUGUGCACAUCUCGUGCUCUUCGACUCCUGAGUGCACAGCGUGAUUAAACGCGUGCUUUUAAUCGGAGUGUAAUCUCUGUAGGCUGCUCUGACACAUUUCUAAACGUUUGUUAUGGGGGUCAGCGCGGGAACCUGAGGCGGUGGGAUUUGAUUGCGACCUCUAUUACGUGUUUUCGCUUAUAUAUCGUAUAUGCAUCAUCGUUUAUGCUCGCUGAUCAGCUGUUAGGCUUGUGAAACUGCGGCGCGCGCGGGUUGUUGUGCGUGGUGCUGAAAGGACAGCUCCCUCCACAGCGGAUCAUAUGGAUCAAUAUUAGGGGUCUGACAGUGUCGCUCUCGGGCUUUAAUGGCUGUGGCACGCAAGAUCAAAACUCUGCUGACGGUCAACAUUCUGGUGUUCGUCGGUAUCAUCUUGUUCUCCGUCUACUGCAGGAUCCAGGACCGAUCCGAAGAGCUCGUGCAGAUCGGGAGGCUCUCGGAUCAGAGACUGCGAGGCAGGAAUGCCAAAGUUACGAACUCCAUGGACAGACAGUCCAUUCUCAAAAGGCUCGAGCGACUAGAAGAUGUGGUCUAUAACCAGUUAAAUGGUCUAUCCAAGCCCAUGGGUCUGGUGGAGGGUCCUGGAGGUCUGGGAGAGGGCGGUGCAGCUGCCACGUUGGGGGAGGACAGCCGAGAGAGCGAAGGAAGGUACGAGGAGUACGGCUACAACGCCCAGCUGAGCGACCGCAUCUCCUUGGACAGGAACAUUCCGGACUACAGGCCCAAAAAGUGUAAGCAGCUGACCUACUCUGAUGACCUUCCCCAGAUCUCUGUCGUCUUCAUCUUUGUGAAUGAAGCUCUGUCUGUCAUCCUGCGGUCUGUACACAGCGUGGUCAACCAUACCCCGGCACACCUGCUCAAAGAAAUCAUACUGGUGGACGACAACAGUGACAGCGUGGAGCUGAAGUUCAAUCUGGAUCAAUACGUGAACAAGCGAUAUCCUGGCCUGGUGAAGAUCGUGAGGAACAGUAAGAGAGAGGGACUCAUACGAGCCAGGAUUCACGGCUGGAACGCAGCCACUGCUCCUGUUGUGGGCUUCUUUGACGCCCACGUGGAGUUCAACACAGGCUGGGCUGAGCCUAUCCUCACCAGAGUGAAAGAAGAUCACACUAGGAUAAUCCUCCCCGCGAUAGAUAAUAUCAAGUACAACACCUUUGAGGUGCAGCAAUACGCUAAUGCAGCUCAUGGCUACAACUGGGGCCUCUGGUGCAUGUACAUCAUCCCACCACAGGAUUGGCUGGACAGAGGCGAUGAGACUGCCCCCAUCAGGACACCUGCAAUGAUUGGCUGCUCCUUUGUGGUGGAUCGUGAGUAUUUUGGAGAAAUCGGGCUGCUUGACCCGGGCAUGGAGGUUUACGGAGGAGAAAACAUUGAACUUGGUAUGAGGAACCCAGGAGUGGAUUUUGGAGACGUGUCAGAGCGUGUAGCGCUGAGGAAGAAAAUGAACUGCAGGAACUUUCGCUGGUACCUUGAGCAUGUCUAUCCCGAGAUGAGAAUUUACAAUAACACCAUCACUUAUGGAGAGGUGCGAAACAGUAAAGCCAGUGGAUAUUGCCUUGAUCAGGGGUCAGAGGAGGAUGACAGGGCUAUUCUCUACCCAUGUCAUGGCAUGUCAUCGCAGCUGGCGAGGUACACCACUGAGGGCUUAUUGCAGUUAGGAGCCCUGGGGUCGACUACGUUUCUGCCUGACACAAAAUGCCUGGUGGAUGAUGGAAGAGGAAGGGCUCCAAGCUUGAAAAAAUGUGAUGCUGUCACCAGGUCCUCCCAGAGGCUCUGGGAUUUUACUCAGAAUGGACCCAUCAUAAGUCGAGACACGGGACGUUGUUUGGAGGUUGAAAUGUCAAAAGAUGCGAACUUUGGCCUGCGGCUGGUCGUCCAGCGUUGCUCAGGGCAGAAAUGGAUGAUUCGGAACUGGAUAAAACACCCCAGACACUGAGAUACACCCAACCUGAAAAAUAACCUCCCUGAGCUGGAGAGCAGCCAUAGACACAAACCCUGAGUGUGGGGUUGAGACAGACGAGAAGAACUUCUUUCGGGGUGAAACGCUUUCAAUAUAGACGUCUAAAGGUGAAAUAUUAUCUUUGGACGCAUUUACUGGUGAGUGAGCGGAUAAAGCAGAAGGCCGUCAUCACGGGACUGUACAGACUCCCAGUUUACUGCAGCGUACAUGUGUUCCCGAGUGGAAUUCUGAUGAGCUGUCUUGGUGAAAUAUCGAGAGAAAUAUUCAAAAGAGUUGCGGAUAAACAAAGAGAGAGGAAGCGAAAAGUUGCAAACCCCUCUGGGCAAAGUCUUGCGUUUUACUUCUUAUCAAUUGCCAUAUUAUCAACACUUAUUUCUUCAGGCUGUGAAUUGCUUUGGAUAAUUGAAUAUCCACGUUGAGACUUUAAAUGGGUAUCCCAAGUGCUACAAAACAACAACAAAAAAAGAAAGUAGUAUAGACUUUAAUCUGACACAAUAGUUUCAGCUCUUUUAGCUAUCGAGUUUUUUCUUUCCUUGAUUUACAGACUUAAUUGUUAAUGCACAACAAAACCAUGUGUUCACUCAAGAACUCAUGUGCCUUUCUCCAUCCUUAUGCCAUCAGACCAGGGAAUGUUCCUCCCUAAGCAUGUACAAAAUAUUUGAUUUUAAAUUAAUUAAAAUAUGAAUAUAAUGUUAAGGUGUUAUUGUAGAAACACGUUGUAAAAUACUCAAAACAUGAUAA